GGUUUUUGUAGAACCACCUGCAACUGAACAUUUUUAAGAUACACGAAUCGAGAACGAGGAAGAAUCGCCAAGAUAAGGUUUUAAAUGAAAAAUAUAUUACGGCGUUUUCUAUUAGCCAAGCUGUAACGUCGACUAUUAUGGAGUCAUCACAUUGUUUUGCCCGAAUGGAACACUCGGGUGGGGAGUUAUAUGCAGGCUAUCUAGCUAGUUAGCCAUUAUAUCAAACACAAACAAGACACAGGCAGUCUAAAUAGCGAUUUAAUGUUAUUUUUUCACCAUCAUUGCGAACAUUGGCAUUGUCAAAGCAGGGUGCAGACAAGAAGUCAGUGUUCUUUUUCAGCUACUCAGGCAACGAUAGCAUGGCAGCAUAACUAUAAAGAUGACGUCAUCACAAGUGUACACGUAUAGUUAAAACGCAGAUUGUUUUGCUCCAAUUCAAUGUGUAACUGCAAUAUCCUUAGUUCAACAGACAAAGUUUUAGCCUAUCAGCGUCCGAAAUUAGCCUACAAAAUGUAUUUAUUUUUGGAAUGUUCGUUUAAAUAGGAGCUGGGUUUUUAAUUCUGCUGUUCAGAAAUGAGACCGAGGCUUAGGCUACAUCCAGGGCCGGUCCUUGCUGUUAUUUUAUAAAUGCCCAUCUACAGUGGGGGAAAAAAGUAUUUAGUCAGCCACCAAUUGUGCAAGUUCUCCCACUUAAAAAGAUGAGAGAGGCCUGUCAUUUUCAUCAUAGGUACACGUCAACUAUGACAGACAAAAUGAGAAGAAAAAAAAUUCCAGAAAAUCACAUUGUAGGAUUUUUAAUGAAUUUAUUUGCAAAUUAUGGUGGAAAAUAAGUAUUUGGUCAAUAACAAAAGUUUCUCAAUACUUUGUUAUAUACCCUUUGUUGGCAAUGACACAGGUCAAACGUUUUCUGUAAGUCUUCACAAGGUUUUCACACACUGUUGCUGGUAUUUUGGCCCAUUCCUCCAUGCAGAUCUCCUCUAGAGCAGUGAUGUUUUGGGGCUGUCGUUGGGCAACACGGACUUUCAACUCCCUCCAAAGAUUUUCUAUGGGGUUGAGAUCUGGAGACUGGCUAGGCCACUCCAGGACCUUGAAAUGCUUCUUACGAAGCCACUCCUUCAAUGCCCGGGCGGUGUGUUUGGGAUCAUUGUCAUGCUGAAAGACCCAGCCACGUUUCAUCUUCAAUGCCCUUGCUGAUGGAAGGAGGUUUUCACUCAAAAUCUCACGAUACAUGGCCCCAUUCAUUCUUUCCUUUACACGGAUCAGUCGUCCUGGUCCCUUUGCAGAAAAACAGCCCCAAAGCAUGAUGUUUCCACCCUCAUGCUUCACAGUAGGUAUGGUGUUCUUUGGAUGCAACUCAGCAUUCUUUGUCCUCCAAACACGACGAGUUGAGUUUUUACCAAAAAGUUAUAUUUUGGUUUCAUCUGACCAUAUGACAUUCUCCCAGUCCUCUUCUGGAUCAUCCAAAUGCACUCUAGCAAACUUCAGACGGGCCUGGACAUGUACUGGCUUAAGCAGGGGGACACGUCUGGCACUGCAGGAUUUGAGUCCCUGGCGGCGUAGUGUGUUACUGAUGGUAGGCUUUGUUACUUUGGUCCCAGCUCUCUGCAGGUCAUUCACUAGGUCCCCCCGUGUGGUUCUGAGAUUUUUGCUCACCGUUCUUGUGAUCAUUUUGACCCCACGGGGUGAGAUCUUGUGUGGAGCCCCAGAUCGAGGGAGAUUAUCAGUGGUCUUGUAUGUCUUCCAUUUCCUAAUAAUUGCUCCCACAGUUGAUUUCUUCAAACCAAGCUGCUUACCUAUUGCAGAUUCAGUCUUCCCAGCCUGGUGCAGGUCUACAAUUUUGUUUCUGGUGUCCUUUGACAGCUCUUUGGUCUUGGCCAUAGUGGAGUUUGGAGUGUGACUGUUUGAAGUUGUGGACAGGUGUCUUUUAUACUGAUAACAAAUUCAAACAGGUGCCAUUAAUACAGGUAACGAGUGGAGGACAGAGGAGCCUCUUAAAGAAGAAGUUACAGGUCUGUGAGAGCCAGAAAUCUUGCUUGUUUGUAGGUGACCAAAUACUUAUUUUCCACCAUAAUUUGCAAAUAAAUUCAUAAGAAAUCCUACAAUGUGAUUUUCUGGAUUUUUUUUCCUCAAUUUGUCUGUCAUAGUUGACAUGUACCUAUGAUGAAAAUUACAGGCCUCUCUCAUAUUUUUAAGUGGGAGAACUUGCACAAUUGGUGGCUGACUAAAUACUUUUUUUCCCCCACUGUAUGUGGUUAGCCUACCGUUUGUAAAAGACCAAAAAACGACAUCGGCACAGGACCAAAACAUUUAUUAAAAAAACGUUUGCUCGUGCUUACUGUGGUGUAGCCUACCAUGUCGGCCCACAAUGGAAUUUUAUGAAUGCCCAUUCAUGUGGUAGGCCUACCAUUUGUUAAACAUGCCAUUGCAUUGGCUUUAUUAGUCCUGAUUCCUGUGACUAAUCAAUUUCGUUAUUUAAACUCUGUAUCAGCUACCCAACAUUAACAGGAGUUAUCACGAGCCUAUUUGCAAUGUGUUUACACAGCACGAAAUGAUUGCUAUGAUCAGCUUGUCAAAAAAUUGACGGAAACAAACUUGAAACCACUGAUCAUGACAAUGGGGUGAAACUCCUGGACAACAGUUGUGAUUGUCCAUUCCAUAUUGUCCAUUUUACUUUGACCUGUCCUGUUUUUAGGAUAUGUUUGUUAACAUGACAGCGCACAUUUAUUUGAUUGAGCCCCAUUUAGGUUAGGCUAUUUGAUCGGAGAAACCAGCCUGUAGGCUACAGAAGAGGACGCAUGCAGUGCAUUAGCAAAGUAUUCAGACUCCUUGACUUUUUCCACAUUUUGUUACAUUACAGCCUUAUUCUAAAAUGGAUUUUAAAAAAAUCUCAUCAGUCUACACACAAUACCACAUAAUGACAAAGCAAAACUGUUUUUUAGGAAUUUUAGCAAAUUUAUUAAAAAUAGCAAAUCUGAAAUAUUACAUUUAAAUAACUAUUCAGACCCUUUACUCAGUACUUUGUUGAAGCACCUUUGGCAGCAAUUACAGCCUCGAGUCUUCUUGGGUAUGACGCUACGAGCUUGGCACACCUGUAUUUGGGGAGUUUCUCCCAUUCUUCUCUGCAGAUCCUAUCAAGCUCUGUCAGGUUGGAUGGGGAGCGUCGCUGCACAGCUAUUUUCAGGUCUCUCCAGAGAUGUUCAAUCAGGUUCAAGUCCGGGCUCUGGCUGGGCCACUUAAAGACAUUCAGGGACUUGUCCCGACGCCACUCCUGCGUUGUCUUGGCUGUGUACUUAGGGUCGUUGUCCGCUCUUGAGCAGGUUUUCAUCUUUGCUCUGCUCAUCUUUCCCUCGAUCCUGACUAGACUCCCAGUCCCUGUCACUGAAAAACAUCCCCACAGUAUGAUGCUGCCACCACCAUGCUUCACCGUUGGGAUAGUGACAGAUUUCCUCCAGACAUGAUGCUUGGCAUUCAGGCCAAAGAGUUCAAUCUUAGUUUCAUCAGACCAGAGAAUCUUGUUUCUCAUGGUCUGAGAGUCCUUUAGGUGCCUUUUGGCAAACUCCAAGCAGGCUGUCAUGUGCCUUUUACUGAGGAGUGGCUUCCGUCUGACCUCUCUUCCGUAAAGGCCUGAUUGGUGGAGAACUGCAGAGAUGGUUGUCUUUCUGGAAGGUUCUCCCAUCUCCACAGAGGAACUCUGGAGCUCUGUCAGAGUGACCAUCGGGUUCUUGGUCACCUCCCUGACCAAGGCCCUUCUCCCCCGAUUGCACAGUUUGGCCAGGCAGCCAGCUCUAGGAAGAGUCUUGGUGGUUCCAAACUUCUUCCAUUUAAGAAUGAUGGAGGCCACUGUGUUCUUGGGACCUUCAAUGCUGCAGACAUUUUUUGGUACCCUUCCACAGAUUCCUUCGACCUCAUGGCUUGGUUUUUGCUCUGACAUGCACUGUUAAAUGUGGGACCUUACAUAGACCGGUGUGUGCCUUUCCAAAUCAUGUCCAAUUAAUUAAAUUGACCACAGGUGGACUCCAAGCAAGUUGUAGAAACAUCUCAAGGAUGAUCAAUGUUAAUGUGUGCACAAAAUUAGAGCGAAAUAAGCUUUAUGUGUGUAUGGAAAAUGUCAGGGAUCUUUUAUUUCAGCUCAUGAAACAUGGGAUCAACACUUUACAUGUUGCGUUUUAUAUUUUUGUUCAGUAAAAUAAAAACUACUACUAGAACUACUGUCAUCUUGUGAAACACAUCAAUAAUAGAAAUACAAUGUAUACAAUUUAUCCAUUUUUACCCUUCUUAAUUAUCCAUUAGUAGUCAUUUCUGGGGAUUUGUUGUGUAGUUAGUUAGCCAACCUCUUUACACUUUUCACCCACAUAACAGAAAAAGUUGAAAUAGGCGUACUUCAUCAGUUAUCCUGAAUCUUGGUACGUCUGACUGAGACAAGAAUAGCCAUGUAUGUUGUAACUUAAGGCAUGUAGUAUUUUCAAUAUAUGGAUGUGAUCCACAUUGUUUUUCACAUGUUAGCUUUCUUUUUACAGGUCUACUCAAAAGUGUGUGGGAUGAAAAGACAAGGCAUCUCAAAGUUUAUUUCGGUGUCACUGCUUUUCCUCAGGUAGCUAGUUAUUAUAUUCCAUCAUCUUAUCAUGUGUAAACAUGCAGGGUGUAUCAAGGAUGUAUUCAUUAGAGCACACAGUAGCAAGACAUUUUGCACCAUUGCACGUAGGUCCCUCCCUGUUCUGUUUGCUUCUGUUUGCUGCAGUUUGGUUCCUAGUGAAUACAUCCCAGGUAUGGCCAUGCUGCAGUUUAGCUUACAGAGUUGAACGUAAACUCGUCAAUACCAUCAUAACUAGAUGAUGCCCAUAGUAUGUAUCCGUCAUAUAAUAUGUUUUUAACCUCUAAAUAUUCUAAAUAUUCAUACUAUAUGUUUAACCUCUAAAUAUUCCAUUUUAAUCCAGUUGGAGCAUACUAACAGGGGCUCUUCAUGCGGUAAUUCUAAUAUACUGUAAAUCUACGUCACAAAACCCACAGUUUGGAUCGCUGAGUAAACAUUUUCUGUACUUCAAUGAUGACUUUGCUAUAAGACAACCCUAUGUGGCUAAGCAUUUCCACAGUCACGGUUGUAGUGUAGAUUGUCACUGUGGCUUUGCAGCUACAACAGAAACAGAAUAUUCAUCACAUUCUCAUACUAAAAAUGAGGAACCAAAUUAAGUUGCAAAAUGAAUUUGUAUACUAACAUUUAAUAAAUCAUUAUUUAGAAUGUUGGUUUUACAACAACAGUCACCAACAAGCUCAAAGUUAUCACAGUAUCUUUGGUGAUAUAAUAAAAGAGAAUUGAAGUUUCUCCCUAAUCUAUGGCUGUAUUGUCUGUCUCCUUCCUUAGCGAUUAUUGAGGUUCAGUUCCUUAUUUCACCUAUGGGAGUGGCAGCUCCGGGCAGUGACAUCACCCUUAGCUGCUAUUUCCCUCCGUCUAAAAACCUGAACCUCAAAUACCUGAUCGUCAACUGGCAGCAUGGAGAAUCAGAGGUGGUCCACAGCUAUUACUAUGGGAGAGAUCAGCUGGAAAGACAGAGUGUUGUUUACAAGGGACGCACUCAUCUGUUUGAAGACCAGAUCGCUGUGGGAAAUGCCUCACUUAGACUGAGUGGGGUACAGCUGAGUGACCAGGGCCAAUACACCUGUUAUGUGACAGAUGAACAGGGAAGCACCAAGGAAAAGCUACUACUUCUAGUGGCAGGUUAGAGUAUGUAUUUUUGUCCUUUCAGAUUUAUCAGAAAUCUUGCAUCUAUGGGGGAUUAAAAGACAAAUAAGUAUUAAGCUACCUGCACAAAAUCAGCUCAUAGUCAUCUACUUGCCUAAAGCCUUUUGCAGUCAGAAUUCUCCUAUGUUAAGAGUUUAAUGUGAGUAUUGUUGUUGUUUUUGUUUACCCUAGCCCCCUUCAAGGAGCCCCAGCUCUCUGUACAGUCAUCCUGUGACAGCUUCUUCAUCACCCUCAACUCCUCCCAGGGUUUCCCCCAGCCUAAUGUGUGGUGGACAGACUCCAUUGGAGGAGAUCUCUCCAAUCAGAGCCACAGCCGUAUUGGCCUGGACAGCAGGGGGCGCUAUGAGGUCCACAGCUCCAUGGAGGUCAGGCCAAACAGUACACUCACCAUCAUUGCUGAAAUGAGACUGGAUGUUCUCAAUCAAAGCUUCACCCGCUCACUCACCCUCCACCCACUCCCAGGUAAUGUUGUGACCUACCAACUGGUUUAGAGGUAGAGCAAUGUGACCAAGUAUGGAUCACUGAUUUAGUGAUGAAAUAUUAAACCAUUGCAUAAUCACUAAGGGCUAAACCCUGACGAGAUAGUGUGUUACUCUUACACAAAGUCUGCAAUGUAUGAAUUCUAGACACAAUUUGUAGUCAAACACACCCAUCUUAAAUAAGGAUUUGACAUUUCACUUCAUGAGGGCAAAUGAGUCAUAUGAGCAUUGUGUAUAGAUGUACUGCAUGCAAGAAUAACACCAUUUCCACAGGGGGCCAGUAUGAAAUAUGUAUGCACUCAAUAAUUGUAAGUCGCUCUGGAUAAAAGCGUCUGCUAAAUGACUAAAAUGUAAAUUGGAUCACUAAAAAUACCAUUGUAGAGUGCAACUUCCCAUGAGAGGAACUGUUCGCAAUGACCUCAAUGAAAUGUUCAGUGACCAGGCAGUACUACUAGAGGAAGAGGUAUUUGGGAGGUGAAGCUGAAAGCCUGUCUCUUUCUCUCUUCUCUUCUACAGAAUGCUGUGAGGUGUCUCUUGCCACCAGGGGCAGACUGGCUUUGGGAUUAUUAGGGAUAGUUCUCUUGGCAGGAUUAGCAAUGUCACUCAUUUUGUACUACAGACACAAGCCUGAAACACACCAACACCAGAUGGUCCCACGUGAUGAUACAACAGGACAAGAUGAGGCUCAUGAAACAGAGACUUGA